CCUCCCUCUAAAAGCACUCUGUGUGGGGAACAUGACAGCCAGACCAAAGCUCAGAGCCCAAAGCAGCAGCAGGGACCAGACUCUGCUGGACCUGGACCUGAGCCCAGCUGUGUGUCCUUCAAGAGCGACUGGUCAACUGAUCGCAUCAUUAAUUUUAAAGGACAAUCCUUUGCUGCAAAACGAUUUGACCAGGAGAGCUCAGAGGUUCCCAGAGCUGCUGGAGGAGAACAUUGUCAUUUUUGUAAAGAAUGAACUAAAGAAAAUCAAGAAGGUUCUGAGUUCAGAUUACCCAGAAUGCUCAGAGAGUAAGAAGGAGGAUGAGGAGGUGUUGGAUGGUGAGGAAGAAGAGCAGAGGAGGAGCAGCAGAAAGGCAUUUCUGAAGAUCACACUGCACUUCCUGAGGAGAAUGAAGCAGGAUGAGCUGGCUGACCGUCUGCAGAGCAGACCUCCUGCUCAAGUGUGUCAGCCUAAACUCAAAUCCAACCUGAAGAAGAAGUUCCAGUGUGUGUUUGAGGGGAUUGCUAAAGCAGGAAACCAGACUCCUCUGAACCAGAUCUACACAAAGCUCUACAUCACAGAGGGAGGGACUGCAGAGGUCAAUGAUGAACAUGAGGUCAGACAGAUUGAAACAUCCAGGAAACCAGACAGACCAGAAACAACAAUCAGACAAAAAGACAUCUUUAAACCCUCACCUGGAAGAGAUGAACCAAUCAGAACAGUGAUGACAAAGGGAGUGGCUGGCAUUGGGAAAACAGUCUUAACACAGAAGUUCACUCUGGACUGGGCUGAAGACGAAGCCAACCAGGACAUACAGUUCAUAUUUCCAUUCACUUUCAGAGAGCUGAAUGUGCUGAAAGAGAAAAAGUACAGCUUGGUGGAACUUGUUCAUCACUUCUUUCCUGAAAGCAAAGAAGCAGGAAUCUGCAGGUUUGAAGAGUUCCAGGUUGUGUUCAUCUUUGACGGUCUGGAUGAGUGUCGACUUCCUCUGGACUUCCACAACAAUGAGGUCCUGACUGAUGUUACAAAGUCCACCUCAGUGGAUGUGCUGCUGACAAACCUCAUCAGGGGGAACCUGCUUCGCUCUGCUCGCCUCUGGAUAACCACACGACCUGCAGCAGCCAAUCAGAUCCCUCCUGGGUGUGUUGACAUGGUGACAGAGAUCAGAGGGUUCAAUGACCCACAGAAGGAGGAGUACUUCAGGAAGAGGUUCAGAGAUGAGGAGCAGGCCAGCAGGAUCAUCUCCCACAUCAAGACAUCACGAAGCCUCCACAUCAUGUGCCACAUCCCAGUCUUCUGCUGGAUCACUGCUACAGUUCUGGAGGAGGUGUUGAAGACCAGAGAGGGAGGAGAGCUGCCCAAGACCCUGACUGAGAUGUACAUCCACUUCCUGGUGGUUCAGUCCAAAGUGAAUAAUGUAAAGUAUAAUGGAGGAGCUGAGACGGAUCCAACCUGGAGUCCAGAGAGCAGGAUGAUGAUUGAGUCUCUGGGAAAACUGGCUUUUGAGCAGCUGCAGAAAGGAAACCUGAUCUUCUAUGAAUCAGACCUGACAGAGUGUGGCAUCGAUAUCAGAGCAGCCUCAGUGUACUCAGGAGUGUUCACACAGAUCUUUAAAGAGGAGAGAGGGCUGUACCAGGACAAGGUCUUCUGCUUCGUCCAUCUGAGUGUUCAGGAGUUUCUGGCUGCUCUUCAUGUCCAUCUGACCUUCAUCAACUCUGGUGUCAAUCUACUGGCAGAAGAACAACCAACCUCACAGAAGUCUGAAACAAGAAGUGAUGAAACUGCUGUGAAACAGUUAUACCAGAGUGCUGUGGACCAGGCCUUGCAGAGUCCAAAUGGACACCUGGACUUGUUCCUUCGCUUCCUCCUGGGACUUUCACUGCGGACCAAUCAGGAUUUCUUAAAGGGACUGCUGACACAGACAGAAAGAUGCUCACAGACCAAUUGGGAUACAGGCCAGUAUAUGAAGGAGAGAAUUGAGGAGAACUCCUGUCCAGAAAGAAGCAUCAAUCUGUUCCACUGUCUGAAUGAACUGAAUGACCGUUCUCUAGUGGAGCAGAUCCAACAGUCCCUGAGUUCAGGAAGUCUCUCCACAGAUAAACUCUCUCCUGCUCAGUGGUCAGCUCUGGUCUUCAUCUUACUGUCAUCAGAAAAAGAUCUGGACGUGUUUGACCUGAAGAAAUUCUCUGCUUCAGAGGAGGCUCUUCUGAGGCUGCUGCCAGUGGUCAAAGCCUCCAAGAAAGCUCUAUUGAGUGGCUGUAACCUCUCAGAGAGAAGCUGUGAAGCUCUGUCUUCAGUUCUCAGCUCCCAGUUCUCCAAUCUGAAAGAGCUGGACCUAAGUAACAACAACCUCCAGGCCUCAGGAGUGAAGCUGUUUGCUUCUGGACUGGAGAGUCCACAUUGUAAACUGGAAAGACUCAGGCUGUCAGGCUGUCUGAUCACAGAGGAAGGCUGUGCUUCUCUGGCCUCAGCUCUGAGCUCCAACCCCUCCCACCUGAGAGACCUGGACCUGAGCUACAAUCAUCCAGGAGACUCAGAAAUGAAGCUGCUGUGUGCUGGACUGGAGGAUCCACACUGGAGACUGGACACACUCAGGUAUGAAGAGGCCUGCAGCAGUCACAGUCAAUAUGAUAGAGGAGGAAGAGCUGCGAACAUUUACUUUGUGACACUGUUAGCCUGGGUCAUGUUCACUGACACACCAAGCUAACAAAGGCUGACUGUCUGAUCCAACAGUUCAUGAAACAAAGUGGCA